GAGCCGCCCGCCCUGAGAGGGGAGCCGCGAGCUUCUCCGUGCCUCGGCGAGCUCCGAGCGGCCGCGCGGGGCUGUAGAGCGCUUUGGCUUUAUCUGGGGUCGGGGAGGAAAGCGGUGUUACUCCGGUAGCCCGGCCCGAAGAGCGCCCGUCCGCUUUAAUGCGCGAAGAUGGUGAGAUGCGGACUGCCCUGUGACGCGACCCGGUCCCCGCUGCGGAGUGCGGGCUCUGCGGCCGCCUUCCUGCUCGCUGCGCUCUGAGGGAGGACGCCGGUCUUUUUCCCCCUUCCAUAAACCUCUCCUUGCUUCCAUGGUGCGGUGGUCAGCGUUGUUUACGGAAGGGGGAAAAAAAGGGAGGCAGUCGAGGUCCCAAACAAAAGUAUUUGUAUGACUCAUCUGCCUGGAUUUAAGACGUUCUCUCCUUCUGUCGAGGAGCCUUUCCUUCUCUCUGAAGAAAUCAGAUGCUUGUUCCUGUUCUUCCAGAGGAGGAUGGAUUGAAAGUGGUACGUUUUAGACGUUUUCUGGGCCACUGCUGAUGUUGUUAAAAGACAUAAUGGGGCUUUUUCACUGGAUUAUUGCCAGAAUUAGUUUACACACUGAAACAAUGAGUUGUUAGGCCUCUUGUAUGCGAUAAUGUUUGUCGUGCUUUAAUGUAAACUUGCUGUGGAGGUUUGGCUUAAAAAUUGUGGAGGACGAUCUGCAUCUGCAUCAGAAGAGGUUCUCUUCGUCUCUGGUUGGUGUGGCGACCCCAAUCUGUCCUCGAUGCCUUCAGCCUUGGCCAUCUUCACCUGCCGCCCCAACUCCCAUCCGUUUCAGGAGCGCCAUGUCUACCUGGAUGAGCCCGUCAAGAUCGGCCGCUCUGUGGCUCGCUGCCGGCCAGCUCAGAAUAACGCGACUUUUGACUGUAAGGUGCUGUCCAGGAACCAUGCACUUGUCUGGUUUGAUCACAAAACAGGCAAGUUCUAUCUUCAAGACACUAAAAGUAGUAAUGGUACCUUUAUUAAUAGCCAGAGACUGAGUAGAGGGUCUGAGGAGAGCCCACCAUGUGAGAUAAUGUCAGGUGACAUCAUCCAGUUUGGUGUAGAUGUGACGGAGAACACACGGAAAGUUACUCAUGGAUGUAUAGUCUCCACAAUCAAACUGUUUCUUCCAGAUGGAAUGGAAGCUCGAUUGCGAUCUGAUGUUAUCCAUGCUCCAUUACCAAGUCCUGUUGAUAAGGUUGCUGCUAACACGCCCAGUAUGUAUUCUCAGGAAUUGUUUCAGCUUUCACAGUAUCUACAGGAAGCCUUACAUCGGGAACAAAUGUUGGAACAGAAGCUGGCAACCCUUCAGCGACUACUUGCUGUUACACAAGAGGCUUCAGAUACUAGUUGGCAGGCUUUAAUAGAUGAAGACAGGCUGCUAUCAAGGUUAGAGGUUAUGGGUAAUCAGUUACAAGCAUGUUCAAAGAAUCAAACAGAAGACAGUAUACGAAAAGAGCUUAUAGCAUUACAAGAAGACAAACACAACUAUGAGACAACAGCCAAAGAGUCCCUGAGGCGGGUCCUACAGGAGAAAAUUGAAGUGGUCAGAAAGCUGUCUGAAGUGGAGCGGAGUUUAAGUAAUACAGAAGAUGAAUGUACUCACCUGAAAGAAAUGAAUGAGCGGACUCAGGAAGAAUUAAGAGAGUUAGCUAAUAAGUACAAUGGAGCUGUAAAUGAAAUUAAAGAUCUUUCUGACAAGCUAAAGGUUGCAGAAGGAAAACAAGAAGAAAUCCAACAGAAAGGACUGGCAGAGAAAAAGGAAUUACAACAUAAGAUAGAUGAAAUGGAAGAAAGAGAACAAGAGCUUCAAGCAAAAAUAGAAGCUUUGCAGGCUGAUAAUGACUUCACCAAUGAGCGGCUAACUGCUUUACAAGUACGGUUAGAACAUCUUCAGGAGAAAACUCUUAAAGAACACAACAGCUUAGGCAUACAAGUUGAUGACUUCAUACCUAAAAUUAAUGGGAGCACACAAAAAGAGCACUUUCUUUCAAAGAGUGGAGGGGACUGCACUUUUAUUCAUCAGUUCAUAGAAUGUCAGAACAAGAUCAUAGAUGAAGGACAUCUAACCAAAGUGGAAGAAACAAAGCUUUUGAAAGAGAACCAAGCAAGAGUGAGAGAGUCAGACUUGUCAGACACUCUUAGUCCGAGCAAGGAAAAAAGCAGCGACGACACUACAGAUGCCCAAAUGGAUGACCAAGAUCUAAAUGAACCUAUUGCUAAAGUAGCUCUUCUGAAAGAUGAACUUCAGGGUGCACAAUCAGAGACUGAGGCUAAGCAAGAAAUUCAGCAGCUGCACAAGGAGCUGAUUGAAGCCCAAGAGCUAGCUAGAACAAGUAAACAAAAAUGCUUUGAACUUCAAGCAUUAUUGGAAGAAGAGAGAAGAGCAUAUAGAGUGCAAGUUGAAGAAUCUAACAAGCAAAUAAAUGUUCUGCAAGCUCAGUUGAGGAGGUUACAAGAAGAUAUUGAGAAUCUUCGUGAGGAGAAGGAGAGUGAAAUUUCUAGCACUCGAAAUGAACUUGUCAGUGCUCAAAAUGAAAUUCUGUCACUUCAACAAGUAGCAGAAAAGGCAGCAUCAGAACGAGACACAGAUAUUUCUGCUUUGCAAGAUGAACUACAAGCUGUACGAGCAGAAUUGGAACGGUGGCGGAGAGAUGCCUCGGAUUAUGAAAAAGAAAUUGUCAGUCUACAAGCCAAUUUUCAGCUUAGAUGUCAGCAGUGUGAAGAGCAGCAUAAGGAGGAGGCUGCUCGUUUGAAAGGUGAACUUGAAAAGUUGAAGACAGAGUGGACUGCUCUGGAAGCUGAAUGUGUCACUCUAAGGAAGGAAAAUACUUCUCUUGCAUCUGAACUUCAGCGACAAGAGAAGGAGCUUUCUAGCUCUCAGAAGCAGAGUUUAGCUCUAACCAGCAAUAUAAGUGUUCUUGAAAUGUCUCGAAAAGAACUUGAAGAUCAGAUGGGAUCUUUGAGAGAAAAACAUCAACAGGACGCAGCCAGUCUAAAAAGCCAACUCAGUGAAGCUGAGAGUCAAGCAAAGGAUGUUCAGAAAGAGUAUGAAAGAACACAGACAGUGCUCUCAGAACUGAAGGCGAAGUAUGAGAUGGCUGAACAAGAAAAACAGUCAAUCACAGAAGAGCUUAAACAGUGUAAAGAGAACUUGAAGCUGCUGCAAGAAAAAGGAAACAACCCUUCCAUAUUACAACCCGUCCCAGCCGUAUUCAUCGGCCUAAUCCUGGCUUUCCUGUAUUGGUGUUACGGCCCAUUGUGGUAGCGAAAGAGACAAUGGCCUUGGAUGCCUGUGAUGGCAGCUUUGGUUGCUGUGACAGCCGUGGUGCUGUACCCAGGCCUAACCAGAGCUUCUCCAUGAGAACUGUUGUUGAAUCCAUACACCGUCCUCCCUUUAGAAGCUGGCAACAUUCAUAUACUGAGGGAAAACAGAUUAAUUCUCUUCCUUUUUUUUUUUUUUUAACCUUCUUAAUACAGCACAGCUCUGCGUGAGAACAGCAGUAGGGUCAUUUGCUUUAAACUGUAUAAAAUGUAUCUGUCUAUAAAGAGGGAAUAAAAUUGUGAUUCAUCAUACUGUGAGCAAUAUUUUUGCUUACAAUUUCAUGCAAGUUUUAAAUUAGUUUGUUGGGAUUCUGAAUACUACAAUGGUGGCCUAAAGUAGAUUUCUUGGUACCAAAUUAUUUAUAAUGGCUAGGUUUGUGGGCACGUACUUUAGAAUCUGAUUGCCAGAUUUAAAAGGAAAAACACACUUUGGAUGUUGGACACCCAAGCCAAGUAACCUUACAGAAGCUUGGCAAACAGAUGCAGUGCGCUCAGUGCCUUGCAGUGUGAUGUUCUUUAAAUCUAGUAUGCCAUUUUACUUGCUGUUAGUCACUGAGCUGUUGGGAACAAGGCUUAAGAAAACUUCUUACCACUCCUUUUGAAGGAAACAUAUUUUUCUUUGAUAAGGAUUCUUUUAUUAAUGAUUCUGAGGGGGAAAAAGCCACAAUUCAUGUCCAGCCUUAAAAGAGAUAGAUACUGAUGGUGGAGACCAGCCUAGAAUAUUUAGUGUGCGUGUGUGCGAGUGUAAGCAUGUGUGUGUUCCUGAGUGAACUGAGGUAUUUCUGGGAGCAAAUACUUGGUCAUUUGAUGGACAUAGUGCAGUGAUUCAACUUACAUUAACUUUACUUUGAAUGUAAUUUAUUAAAUUUCAUAUAUUUAAAGAGGUGCGUUCUUUAAAAGUAUGAAUACUUCUUCACAUAUCACAUUGUAUCAAUUUAUUUUUUCAGUCAUUUGAUACUUUCUGACUGAGCUGGGGAAGCUCUUUAAAUAAGCUUUUAUUGAUGUAACUUCAUUAUGAGAACUGCUACAGUACAUCGUGAUUAGCUGAAAAUAUUCUAAGUUGCAUAAAAUACUACAAAAUUGGAAUCAUCUCUGGUGAUGUAUGAGUCAAAUGAAGAUGAUUUUAAUUUGGUAGUAAAACUUUGUGCAUCCUCAUCACAUGGCUGUAAGUAAGAUGCAGUGGUCCCCAUUACAAAGUUUAUUUUCCUUCUCAAAGUACUAUAACUAUUGCUAUUUGCUGACUUUUGGUGGGAAUCACUGUAGAUAGUGCUGAAUUAAAUGUAAACUAUAGUUAUUCUGUUCAGCUCAACAGUUCUGUCAAAAAAGUUUAUUAAAGACUUAAACAAUAUACUGAAGAAUGGUAAAGUAAAAUGGCUUUGCUAAGGGAAACUUCAAAACAGGGAGGUAAUCUCAGCAAUUAAAUUGGCUUUAAACAAUUGUAUGGCAAUCGACAGGUAGUUUAAAUAUUUAAAUAGAAAUUUAGUAUAUAACUUACCUUGUAAGGUUUUGAGGGUCAUUGUCCUUUAAUUAAAAGUUCUGUCUUAAGUUACAUGGGAUUUUCUAUGGGGAGGAUUACUAGUAAUGGCAAAAAUAGUCCACAAGUGACUUGUAGAAAAUAUUGUCAUUUAGUUCAUUCAUUUCAUCACUUUCAGUUGCAGGAAGCCACCCAACCACAGAACACUCGUAUGCCAGUGGUACUCAGUACCUCUUGUAUAUAGGUUAUUGCAAAUAUUGUUCUGAAAUGCUUACCUUCAGAAUUACAUUUUUUAAAGUAAAUAAUUGUUUUAAAUCUAUUUUGUAAAGAUAUAAAAAUACAAUAGAAUUUCUGGAGUACAGAUUAAACUAUUUGCACUAACACACGUGAUGUGCAUGUUUUAAUAAAAUAACUUUACUCUCCCUA